GUAUUUUGGUCAAUCCAUUUCUUCAUGUUACUAAUUGUGUAUGUGUUUAACUCCUAGGACCAACACAAUUGACCACAGAACCAGCCUCAGGAAUCAGAGGGAGCAGUCGUUUUUGUUGCCCAACGCAAUCGGCAAAGGAACCUUGUAGGCUACUGUAAGUUAAUAAUUUUUAUGUUUUUUUAAUGUUUUGCCCAAGACUGGUGCUCUGAAAUUCAUCUGCACAUCUGGACUUCUUAGUUGUCACAAAUUUAAUCUCCUUUACCAUCUGUAGUCUACCCUUUGGCCAUAAUGACUGAGCGUUAUUCUGAAUACGUUAAGUCAUCAAAUCUGCGAAGAAAGUCAACAGCCACAGUCAAGACACGUUUAGAAUCAUACUUUACCGAUAGUCUUACAUCUGUAGAUGAAGUUAAUGAUCCUGUUGAAAGUGCUUAUCCUGAUUGUGUUGAACAAGUUGCUGAGUGUGAUGAAGUGGAAAAUGAUGAUCAUAGUGGUCAGAAUUUGGAGGAGAUGGUCACUGAGUGCACAGCAGAGGCCUAUCCUGAGACAGUGGGUGACUUUGAAAAUGUGGUUGAGAGCGAUGAUGAAAUUCAACAGCCAACUCUAAUUUCUAGCUUGAUGAACUGGGCUGUGGAGUACAGUAUCACUUUAGUUGCAUUGACUGCCUUGUUGUCAGUGUUAAGGCAUCACCACCCAUCACUACCUAAGGAUGCAAAAACACUCCUCCAUACUAAUAGAAAUUACUUAAUCAAACAAGUUGCAGGUGGUGCAUACUUUUACUUUGGGAUUGUGAAUGCUCUGUCACGUUUCUUGAAUAAUACUUUUUUGAAAAUUCCAGAUCGGCACACAAUCAAACUACAAUUAAAUUUUGAUGGGCUGCCUCUUUACAAGAGUUCAUGUAUCCAGUUGUGGCCAAUUUUGGGGUUAGUGCAAGGAUUAAAAAAACCUUGCUUGAUUGCUUUGUUUGGUGGCAAAUCAAAACCUCUUCCUCUGGGAGAAUACUUGAGAGAUCUAGUGACAGAGAUACAAAUCUUAGCAGCUGGCUUUACGUUUAAAGGAAAAACACUGUUUAUAAAAAUAACAUCAGUGAUGUGUGAUGCUCCUGCACGAGCAUACAUAAAAGCCAUAAAAUAUCACACUGGAUAUGCAGGCUGUGAUAAGUGCACAUUACAUGGGGUUCAUGUAGAUGGUAGAAUGACUUUUCCAGACAGCACAAGCCCUGUUAGAACUGAUGAAAGUUUCAGACUUCAAAUGGAUGAGGAACAUCACAGAGACAUCUCCCCUCUUACUGAAACUGGAAUUGGAAUGGUUUCUAUGUUUCCCCAUGAUUACAUGCACCUUGUCUGCCUUGGAGUCACAAGGAAGCUCCUAGAGCUGUGGGCAGGAAGCAACGGCCGUCUUAAGUGCCGCUUGCCAUCAAAAAAAGUGAGUCAGUUGUCAGAAACACUUUUGUCAUUCAAAUGUCACAUGCCUACAGAAUUUGCCAGAAAGCCCAGAUCUGUUGAAGAGAGACAUAGAUGGAAGGCAACUGAAUAUAGACAAUUUUUAUUGUAUACUGGGCCGGUUGCACUAGUUGAUGUUGUUAGCGCACCAGUUUACAACAACUUCAUGCUGCUCUAUGUUGUCAUAUCCAUAUUGGCAUGUCCAAAACUGUGUGUGGAGUUCUGCGAUUUUGCAAAAACUUUGCUUGUAUCUUUUGUACAACACUUUGGACAGCUUUAUGGCAGGGAGAAUCUUGUGUACAAUGUGCACGGCCUUAUUCAUCUCAGUGAUGACGUUAAAGAACAUGGCCAGUGUUUGGACAACAUUUCUGGGUUUCCCUUUGAGAACUACCUUGGUCAAAUAAAGAAAAUGAUUCGCAGCCCUCAGUUUCCAGUUGCGCAAGUUGUAAGGUGCAUGUCAGAGUUUGAAAAUGCAGAUUGUAGUGCAGAUACACCAAAUGAAACCAAACUCAGAAAGCCACACAUCCCUUAG